AUGUCUCCCUCUACAUUUGCUCGGACCGUGUGCUUCCUUGCAUCCCUCGCGUUCGCAGCUCCAGUGCAGGGUGCCCCCGCCGGAUUCUAUGCAGGCGUCGGUGGAGUCGCACCUCUGCUUGGAAAACGCCAGGCCUCGGUCUCUUCCUCCGCCUCUUUCAGCGCCGGCGCCAGCAUCUUCUCGAGCCCAUCCUCAGCUGCUUCCCUGUCCCCAUCCUCCACUGCUGAUGGCGGAUUCUCAACAGGCGACCCGUCGUCUGUUCCCAGCUCCGCUUUCUCUUCCGCCUCCAUCUUCCCGUCCAGUGGUGCUGGCGGAUUCUCCACGGCUGUUCCCUCUGCGUCGACCACGCCGGCCGUGAGCAGCAGCGCUGCAGGUUCCUCAGCUGGCUUCCCAUCCCCAUCAGACACCCCAUCCCUCUCGGGUGCCAGUGGUGCAUCCGUCGUGACCGUAGUCUCGACCCAGUAUGUUACCGUUACUGCUUGCGGCGGUGCGAACCCUACCGCUGCUCCCACCGGCCCUGCCAGCAUUGGCUCCGGCCUCGGCGACAGCACCGCGUUCAGCGCACCCACCGGCAGCGCGCCAGAUGGUAGUCCCGCAUCCGGUGUACCCAGCGGCGGGGCCAGCGGAGGCGUGUCCUCACUCGGCCCCGCCUCGAGCGCUGCGUCGGUCUUCCCCAGCCCGUCCGCAUCUGGCUCUGAUGGCGGAUGUGAUGGAUCGUCCGCCUCGUCGGCUGUUGUCCCGAGCGCGAGUGUCUCGGGCGGCGCCGCGUCGGUUUCCACUGGCGGAGCGAGCUCGUCGGUUUUCGGGGCCGGUGCAUCCUCCGUGUUCUCACUGAAUCCCAGUGCCAGUAUCCCAACGAGCUCCCCGGCGUUCUCGUUCCCCGUCUCUCCUUCAGCGACCUCGUCCAAUUUGGUCCCGCCUUCGUCGGCGGUGUCCGACUCUGCUGCGGCAUCUAGCGCGACUGCCGGUUUCUAG